AUGGUAGACGUGGAGGAAGGAGAGACGUUUGAUGGAUCUAGAGAGGAGGAUGAAGAGAGUGUCUAUGAAUUCGAUGAAUUUAGAGAUGUAGAAGAUGUAGGCCCAGAAGAAGAGGGGUCCGGUGGGAGGGGUGUUGGGAGGGAAACAGAUGGUGGAGCGGAGGUUGGGGGUGUGGGUAAGGAUGGUGAGGGAGGUGGCGAUAGUCAUAAUGAGGGAGAGGAUGGAGAGAGUGAGGUUGUGGAGGGCGGUGAAGGGCUUGAGGAAGGGAGGUGGGAGAGGGGGGAGAGGGAGGAGGAGGAGGAGGAGAGUGAGGGAGAGGUAGGAGAGUAUGGAAAGAGAGAGGAAUUGGAGGGAGGAGAGUGGGGUGUGAGGAGGGUUCCAUGUGAAGUUUAG